CUAGGUGUUGCUCUAUCAUUUUUACAAAAUAUAUAUAUGCAUGUAUGAAGUGACUGUAUGUAUCUGUACACGGUUUUUGAAACCUUUAUCACAAGUCGGACAUACGUUAAAGCGUAAGGAUGGAAAGUCAUGAAAGUGUAGUGUGCAAAAAUGAUGUGACAGACGCUUUCCCUGACGAAGUCCAGGAUAAAAGGCCUGGAAAAGUUUUGACAAAUACCAGAACAAUCCAGUCCAGAUCAAUCCCUUCUCUACAAGGAAAGGAAAAAGGAUAUAUGCUUGUAAUCGUCAACGAAACUUGUGGAAUACACGGAGAACGAGAAGGUGCUCAAAAAGAUUUCCAAAAUAUCAAAGAAAUCGGCGAACAUUUAGGAUUUCAAAUUUUAAACAAAGAUAGCUACAUGAAUCUCACUAAAGACGAGACUAGUGAAUGGCUAAAGAUAGCAAGUGAAGCUGACCAUACCGCAUGCGAGCGAUUUAUGAUUGUAGUAAGUUCUCAUGGAAACGAGGAAACGAACGAGGAAAGAGGAAAAGUCAAAGAGCAUGCUUUCUACUGUGCAGACAGCAAACCAUAUUUCACAAAUACAAUGAUCGAAAUGUUCAACAAAUGUGACACAUUGGAAGGGAAACCAAAAAUUUUCAUAAUGCAAGCUUGCAGAGGACAAAACCCCGAUGCGGGAGUCGAGGUUCCAACUACAAGCGUCAUGUCAAGCGGCACAAAGAAAGAUGAGAGUGAUACCACUACGCAUGCGCGAGAUGAUAUCCCUGAUACAAAGCCUGGUUUGGAUUCAUGGAAUGAAGAAAUUCCUUAUUUCAAAAGUUACAACGAUAUGCUGGUGGUAUUUGCUACAUCCCCCGGCUUUUAUGCUUGGAGAAACAAGUUAAAAGGUUCUUGGUUGAUACAUUACCUGCACGGGGCGCUUAUGACCAAUCGCACACCAUCAAAUUUUUUGCAGGUUCUGACUGAAGUUGCUGGUAGAAUGUCUGAAAGGGAAUUGACCGAUAAUCAGUUGAAAUGCGUUCCGGUGAUUUGUCACAUGCUGAGAAGCCCGAUUCCGAUUUAACCCGUAACCUGUUUAAUGGACUUGACUAGCUCUGAAUUUGGAACAGCCCAUUAGAACUAUAAGGGAUAUCAUUAAAGUGACAUUUUACUAAUCUUGUCAAGUUGAGCUAAGUAAUGAGUUAUAUAUUUCAAAAUAUAGACUAUUAAAAUAGCCAUUGACCAAAAGUGUUAACCGUAAAAAAUAGUUUGAAUAAAAAAAAAACGUCUUAAGUAUAAAUACUGCUGCACUCUUUUUGUCAAUUGAAUACUAAAAAUACAUUCUUGAUAAAAUUUUACGAGUCACGUGGCUUAUUGUUUCUGUUAAAUAAAUAAAAGUUAAGAUAUAAUUAAAACAACAGCUAUGGCAAAGUGGAAGGUUUUAUUUAUACAUUUGUUUGUAUACUCAAAAUUUGCACUUAAAAUAUAGGUAUAAUGUCACUUUAACAAAAUAUUUUAUGAUAAAAUACACAUGUUUAUGUUUUUAUACCAUAUACGGGAUAUGUUUGGAUAUUAUCGUCAGUUUAGUGUUUGGCGAUUUUUUAAAGAUUUUAUUUUAC